AUGUCAACCUCACCAGACAGCUCCAGGGAAGACUCACAACUGAAACCACUACUCUCUCAUUGUAGCGGGGACGAUACCCUCAUCGAUCCCAUACAAUUCAUGUUCAGUGAGGAGGGAAAAGGUGGACUCCCAAAUUUCGACACCCAGCUUUAUGAAUCAUUUGGCGAGGAUUCGGAUGACGAUAGUAUAUUUUCAGGGAUCUCAGACAGCGCCAGUGACACGGAAAGUCACAGGGAGGAAGAACCCAAACCUCUACCAUCCCUCAAUAAUGGAGAACUUCCUACAGACAGUCCCAUUACCGCGCAAAGCCAUACAGCAGAAUGCAAAUCUCCCCCAUCUCUUAACAGAGGAGAACUUCAAGCGCAGAUGAAAGCAAUGGUCAAGGUUGGCAUCUUUGACGUCUUCGGAAUAUCCGGUGACAUCUGCUACCCACGGGUAUCACUGGAUUUUUCCUGGCCCAAUCCUCCAUCCAUACACCUAACCAUCAAAGGUCCAUCUAACGUCGUGUUCUACGACAACCGAUGGGAGUUGGACGCUUACGCUUGCUCUGCCUUUGCAUGCCAAGAUCUUCAAGUAUGCAGCCUCCCUGAAGCGACCAAACACCUAAGCUCUGGCGAUGUCGAUAUAAUGGCAGACGAAUUAGGGGGCGAACAUCCGACCGAUGUGGUUUGCAUGCGGUUCACAAGUUGGCCAAGAAUCACUGGACGAACAAUCGAAGGGAACCUUAUCACUUCGCUAGGCGGCCUCGAUACAUCCUUCAAGCAAUCGUUGGCUAUCCUGAGCAAACCUCAAGCUCCUUUCGAAAUAACCAUCGCGUUUCGACCCCACACAUCCUUGGCCAGAAGUGAAUGA